GGCGGAAGGGUUCCCGUCGCCCACACGGCGGCUGGGGGGUUGGAGCGAGACGUGAACUCGACGCGGCGGCUCCACAAGCCCGAAGAAGGUCAGAACCAUUACCAGCCGGGAGAUGGACACCCCGCGGGGGCUGCACAAGAUGGACGACCGGCCGGAGGAGCGCGUGAUCCGGGAGAAGCUGAAGGCCACCUGCAUGCCGGCCUGGAGGCACGAGUGGCUGGAGCGCAGGAGCCGCCGGGGCCCCGUGGUGGUGAAACCAAUUCCUGUUAAAGCCGAUGGAUCUGAACUUAAUAACUUGGCAGCUGAGUCGCAAGGAGAGGCCCAGGCGAGCCCGGCGGCCCCGGCCCCCAAAGGCCGCCGCAGCCCGUCCCCCAGCGGCUCCCCGGCGGGGCGCCCAGCGAAACCGGAAUCUCCGGGAGUGAGGAGGAAACGCGCCUCCCCAGUGCCGUUUCAGAGCGGGAGGACCACGCCACCUCGAAGAGCCCCGUCCCCCGACGGCUUCUCCCCGUACAGCCCCGAGGAGACCAGCCGCCGCGUGAACAAGGUGAUGCGUGCCCGGCUGUACCUCCUGCAGCAGAUCGGCCCCAACUCCUUCCUGAUCGGAGGGGACAGCCCCGACAACAAGUACCGGGUGUUCAUCGGGCCCCAGAACUGCAGCUGCGGGCGGGGGGCCUUCUGCACCCACCUGCUGUUCGUCAUGCUGCGGGUGUUUCAGCUGCAGCCCUCGGACCCCGUGCUGUGGAGGAAGACGCUGAAGAACUUCGAGGUGGAGAGCCUGUUCCAGAAAUACCACAGCAGGCGCAGCUCGCGGAUCAAAGCGCCGUCUCGAAGCACCAUCCAGAAGUUCGUGUCCCGCAUGUCGAACCCCCACACGCUCGCGUCGCCCAGCACGUCGGCGUCCAGCUCCGAGAACAGCAUCAAGGACGAGGAGGAGCAGAUGUGCCCCAUCUGCCUGCUGGGCAUGCUGGACGAGGAGAGCCUGACGGUGUGCGAGGACGGCUGCCGGAACAAGCUGCACCACCACUGCAUGUCCAUCUGGGCCGAAGAAUGCAGAAGGAACAGAGAGCCCCUGAUGUGCCCUCUGUGCAGGUCUAAGUGGAGGUCCCACGAUUUCCACAGUCACGACCUGUCGAGCCCGGUGGACUCCCCGUCAUCCCUGCGGGCCCAGCAGCAGGCCCCCCAGCAGCCGCCUCUGGCUGGACUGCAGCGCAGGGCCCCGGAGGGCAGCUUCAGCCUCACCCACUACGGUGCUCAGCAGAUCCCGCCAGCCUAUAAGGACCUGGCUGAGCCCUGGACUCAGGUGUUUGGGACGGAGCUGGUCGGCUGCUUGUUCUCCAGAAACUGGACCGUCCGGGAGAUGGCCCUGCGGCGCCUGUCCCACGACGUCAGCGGGGCCCUGCUGCUGGCGCACGGGGAGAGCUCCGGGGUUGGCAGCGGGGGCCGGAGCAGCCCGGCCGCCGGCGCGCCCGGGGACGUGGUGGGGGCCUGCUGCAGCGUCCUGUCCAUGGUCUGUGCCGACCCUGUCUACAAAGUGUACGUUGCUGCUUUAAAAACGCUGCGGGCCAUGCUGGUGUACACCCCCUGCCACAGCCUGGCGGAACGAAUCAAGCUGCAGAGGCUGCUCCGGCCGGUCGUGGACACCAUCCUGGUCAAGUGCGCAGACGCCAACAGCCGCACCAGCCAGCUGUCCAUCUCGACGCUGUUGGAGCUCUGCAGGGGCCAGGCCGGGGAGCUGGCCGUCGGCCGAGAGAUCCUGAAAGCCGGGCCCAUCGGCAUCGGGGGUGUGGACUACGUCGUAAGCUGCGUCCUCGGCAGCCAGACGGACUCCAGCAACUGGCAGGAGCUCCUGGGCCGCCUGAGCCUCAUCGACAGGCUGCUGCUGGAGUUCCCCGCCGAGUUCUACCCCCACCUGCUCGGCAGCGACACUCCACACGCUGAGCCCCUGGAAGUCAGGUAUAAGAAGCUGCUGUCCCUGCUGAGCUUCGCGCUGAGGUCCAUCGACAACGCUCACUGCAUGGUCGGCAAGCUCUCCCGCAGGAUCUACCUGAGCUCCGCCAGGAUGGUCACCGCCGCGCCGCACGUGUUCGCGAAGCUGGUGGACAUGCUGAGCGUGUCCAGCUCCACGCACUUCGCCCGGAUGCGCCGCCGGCUGGUGGCCCUCGCGGAGGAGGCGGACAUCGCCGAGGCCAUCCAGGGCACGGAGGACCCUUCGGACGGUCAGCCUGACGGCUUUGCGCAGGUGUCUGUCCCCAGGAGCUCCCCAGCCCCCGCGGAGAGCAGCGCCCCCCCGGGCGCGGACCCCUUGGAGAAAGCUGGCAGAGGGCUGCGGGCCAGCAGGCUGAGCGUCAGCUCCGAGGACAUCUCCGACAGGCUGGCCAGCGCUUCCGUAGGGCUCCCCGGCUCAGCGACGACGGAGCGACCAAAGCCGAUGGUUCAGACAAAAGGCAGACCCCACAGCCAGUGUUUGAACUCGUCUCCUCUGUCCCAUCAUUCCCAGCUCGUGUUCCCAGCCUCGCCGACCCCGUCUCCGUCCGCCCCGGCUGGCGCCGCCGGCGAUGUCUCCAAACUCCGGUCUCAGGGAUUCGUCCCCUGCAAAGCACCAUCUGCAUCUCCCCAGACACAGCGCAAGUUCUCCCUGCAGUUCCAGACGAACGGUUCCAAAAGCAAAGACUCCGAUACGCUGUCCCCCGUCUUCACUCAGUCCAGACCCCUGCCCUCCGGUCACAUCCACCGGCCCACGCCGUCGCGGCCCGCCCCGGGCGGUGCCGGCAGACAGGGGGACGCCUCCAAGGACAGCCUGACGCUCGACCUGAGCGGGCCUUCCGAGGGCGGCGGCGGCGGCGGCGGCGGCGGCGCCGUGAUCCCGAGCGACGAGACCGUGUUCACCCCCAUCGAGGACAAGUGCAGACUGGACACCAACAGCGAGCUCAGCUCCAGCAUCGAGGACCUUCUGGAAGCCUCCAUUCCCUCGAGCGACUCCACCGUCACCUUCAAGUCGGAAGUCGCCGUCCUGUCUCCCGAGAAGGACGAGGCCGACACCGCCUACAAGGACGACGUGAGUCACAACCAGCAGUGCAAGCAGAAGAUGGAGGCCGAGGAGGAGGAAGCGCUAGCCAUCGCCAUGGCGAUGUCCGCGUCUCAGGACGCCCUCCCCACGGUGCCUCAGCUGCAGGUGGACAACGGAGAGGACAUCAUCAUCAUCCAGCAGGAUACCCCGGAGACCCUGCCAGGACACACCAAAGCAAAGCUGCCGUACCGCGAGGACGCGGACUGGCUGAAGGGCCAGCAGAUAGGCCUGGGGGCCUUCUCUUCCUGUUACCAGGCUCAGGACGUGGGCACCGGGACCCUCAUGGCUGUGAAGCAGGUGACGUACGUCAGAAACACGUCGUCCGAGCAGGAAGAGGUGGUGGAGGCGCUGCGGGAGGAGAUCAGGAUGAUGAGCCACCUGAACCACCCCAACAUCAUCCGGAUGCUGGGGGCCACGUGCGAGAAGAGCAACUACAACCUGUUCAUCGAGUGGAUGGCAGGGGGGUCUGUGGCUCAUUUGCUCAGUAAGUAUGGAGCCUUUAAGGAAUCCGUGGUUGUUAACUACACUGAACAGUUACUCCGUGGCCUUUCGUAUCUCCAUGAAAACCAGAUCAUCCACAGAGAUGUCAAAGGUGCCAACUUGCUGAUUGACAGCACAGGCCAGAGACUGAGAAUUGCAGACUUCGGGGCUGCAGCCAGGCUGGCGUCCAAAGGAACUGGUGCAGGAGAGUUUCAGGGACAGUUAUUGGGGACAAUCGCAUUUAUGGCGCCUGAGGUCCUGCGGGGCCAGCAGUACGGGAGGAGCUGUGACGUGUGGAGUGUGGGCUGCGCCAUCAUCGAAAUGGCCUGCGCCAAGCCACCUUGGAAUGCGGAGAAGCACUCCAACCACCUCGCUCUGAUAUUCAAGAUUGCAAGUGCGACGACCGCCCCGUCCAUCCCCUCACACCUGUCCCCCGGGCUGCGGGACGUGGCCCUCCGCUGUUUGGAGCUUCAACCUCAGGACAGACCUCCGUCGAGGGAGCUACUGAAGCAUCCGGUGUUCCGCACAACGUGGUAGCCACGUGGCAGGUGAACUGCGGAGAAGGAUGCGCACUAAGGGGACCCCCGUGGGCGCCCCGUUGACAAUCUGCUGGCCUGGAGCCCUCGUCUCAGUGUGACAGACAAAUCAUGGCCUGGACCUCAGCGCGGCCCACCGCGGCGGGAGCCGCAUGUGCCUUUCGGCUGGGGCGCAGCAGCGGGACGCUGGCCGGGGCGGGGGGAGCGCGGCCGGCUGUCCUGUCCCUCCUGGCCGGCCGGCCCUCUGCAGCACUUUUCCCAGCAGCUGCAGCCGGGCUCGGUCUGUUCCCCGCGUCCGCUCUUCUUCCCUUGGCUGGGAGCAGGGCCUGGGCCGGCCGUGCUGCGCCCUCGAGGCCAGCGUGUGUCCUGAGUAGCAGGAAGUCAGUGUGCUCUGCAAAGCUCAUACCUUCUUUAUGACCCACAGUUGACCUUUAAAAAGGUAAAAAAAAAAAAAAAAAAA